UGGGCAUUAAGCGGAGAUGUAGGUCACUCACUAUGUUUUGUGAUUUCGGUACUGAUUCAAACUUUGGCUACAACCUUUAUUGAACAAAUAAAUAACCUUUUAGUUUUUUUUCCUUUGGCAUCCUCAUGAGAUCAAUAUCUUAGUUACCCACUGACAUAUUAAUAAUUGGUAAACAUAGUGAGAUUUUAGUUCCAAAAAUUCUCCAACAUGCCAGGUGGAUAGUAUUAGUAUUGUACUGGUCAGAAGAUGAAGACACGCAUAUUUGCAAGCAAUAAAAAUAUAUUCCUUGGUCUUUUGUGUCGUAAAAACCUGAGAUAUAUCUAUUCGUUCAACCAUGGCGAGAAACAAGGAUAAUUCAUGUUUACUGCGUACCUUUUUUUUGUUGACAUUACAUACAAUACAACAACUAUGGGUGGUAAGGUUGUAUCAUAUCCCUGGUAUGUGCAUAAUGCAUGCCACUGAGAGGGAACGCUUCCAUGUGUCAUUUGACUUACGUUACACUGCAUAUAUAUGCAGUAAUAACCUAAUAGUUCAAUAUUUUCAUCGAUGUGAAAAUAGUAUUUUUUUGUAUGUUAGUUUUAUAUAGAGAGAAAUUAAGGAGAAGUUUAUCAUGAAUUUAUCAUUGAAGUACACACAUGUGUUUAAAAUAUUCUCAGUUCCAGGAAAACAUAUGCUAGUUCAGAAGAGAGAUAUGCUAAUUAAUUCCAUCAAAAACACAUAUGCACCACACUGGCCAUGGCAUAUAUCAUUCUGGAUAAGGGUGGAGAUAAGCCCGGGAACCCAGGGUGGCCGCCCGAGGAGUUGAGAUUUUUUCUCAGAGUUUUAGUAGUUUUAAGCUUGGCCCUGGGUUUUUCUUCCCCAGUUUCACACUCCCAAUCCUAGACUGCAAUGACCCCAAGCUUAAAUCAUUGCUCAGCAACUGUUUCUGGAAGUGAUCAAUAAUUAAUAGCAUGUGUAUAUCUUCCUUUUCAAGUAAUUAGUAUUAUUCCUUUUUAUCGAAACAAUAGCAUGUUACAUUAGUUUUCUUGGUACAUUUUCGUGAGGAUAUAUCCAUAUAUAGAUAUUUGAUGCCUAAAAUACGAGCAGAUAUGGUGAUGCAAUUGGGGCUAGAGUGAGUGGCUGUUGCAAUAUUAAAAUGGUGAUGCCAUUGCGGCGAGCGCAAGUGUUUUUUGUCUGUUGUCAAAUUAUUUGUACAAGGUGACAAUUAGUGCUCUUGCAUGCAUGUAUGAGUGAAAGUUUGCAACAUUGCCAGCCAUGUGUCAUGUACCAUCACAAGCUCAAAUUCACCAUCGUGCAUUGAUUAUGUGAGAUAUCCCCAUGACACCUGUGCACAGAAUGACUCCUAGUACCAGAUUUCUUGUUAUGCAUGACAGCAUGCUGCAAACCUGUAAAACUGUUGCAGGUUGUAAGUGAUGUAGCUGGCCAAGGAUUGCCUUAUUUACCUUUCAGACUUUUGCCUGAGGAAUUAUCUUAAAACAGCACAUUACUUCACUGAUACCAUUGGUAUGUUUUGACAUUCCAAAGUUGAGACCCUCUAGGAGUAGUGAGUUCUAAUGGUUGUAAGUUGUAACUAAAGUAUCAAUAUGUUUGCCAAUUACGGAGUAGUAGGUUAAUGGCCUGUUUGCUUUGUUUAGGUAUCAUUAUGUUUGCCUGUGUGGCAAAGGAGAACUAUGGUUGGUCUUAGUCUGUAUCAGACGAUGGAUUUGUUAGUGGGCCUUUUUUUUGCCUAUGGUAUUGGAGCCCAAAAGCUUAUCAUAAUUUUUUUCGUAACUAUUUUAAGUGGAAGCUAUUUCAGUACAACAAGUAUCCGAAUCAGGUAUGGAAUCCGAUACCAACACAGCAACAUGCGGAAGUAUCGAGGACCUUGGAAAACUUAGGUCGAGUCACAACAAAGGGUGUGCAAAAAAACCAGUAUGGUCAGAGAGAGGUUCACGUCCUUACAUGUUCUUUACAUUGGAAACUGAAGCACACUAGGACAAAAUAAUGAUGAGGUUCACAUGUACUGCCAAAACAGUAUAUCUUGUUCAACUUCCACUUUCAACUUUGAAAUACAAGUCAACUUUGAAUAAGGAUGGACACUACUCCUUAAAUUCUUGUCUUCUUAUAACUUUAUUUGCUAUAUAACUAUGUUUUGCCCUCGGUGAAGGUCUCACUCCAAAAGAAGGUAUUAGAUCCAUCAUAAACAUUGUAGCCUCCUCUGCUUCCCAUAGGGCCACACUGACCUGCAAUGGAAAAAAUUUCAGUUUUAGUUCUGGAUCAUGAUCCGGUAUCCCUGUCGAACAUCUCCAAUACGCUUGUCAAAUUCAACUUCAAAGUCCUGUGCUUCCAAACAGUAGAAGAAGCCCUCGAUUCCCUCGAAAGGGGGGUUAUUAAAGGUGAGGAGCUUGAUUUGGUGGUAGUGGAAGUUCAUACUGCCAAUACAGCGAAUGAAACUUUGGCUGUGUUUCACCACAUCCUGGAUGCACUCGGAGUGCCUUUCGUCACAAUGUGUGGUUAUGAUGAUGUAGAGGCAGUCUCUGAACGUAUGACCCUAGGAUCAUGCUUCAAUGUGCUUAAGCCAUUUGACACUGAAACCCUCAACAUUCUGAUGCACAAAGCACUGCAACACAAAUCUAGAAGGGUGCUACCUGAGGGAUCAAGCAUUCCAAAGAAAACCCAAGGUAGAAUGGACUCAUCAUCUGCUAAAAAUCACGGGUCUGAAACUGAUGAUAAAGAAUCAUCUGUGCUCAAAGCACAUAGAUCAAAGAAGCUGUGUCGGUUCACAUGGAGCAGUCAGCUCCAUGAGAAGUUCGUGCGGGCUGUUGAAGUGCUUGGGGAGUUUACUACGCGUAGAAAUAUUCGUGGGCACAUGAAUGUCGAGAAUUUGAAUUUGACCUUGGAGCACAUAGCAAGCCAUCUCCAGAAACAUCGGCUGCGAGAGCAGAAGACAAAGCAAAAAGAGGAGGAAUCUGAAAAACAUGCCAGCAUGAAAAUAUUAUCUGACCUGAUUACAUCAUCUCACAAGGAAGCCACUCCUGAUCCCAUUGAUCAUCUGACGAGCACACAGAGGAAGAUCACACAUGAGGUUGCCUCUGCUGCCUGUGAUAAGUACCCUGGAAAUCCGUGGGCACAAGUGGAGGAACGUUCACCCGAAGAAGUUUUAGAGACUAACGUGCACACAGCUGCAGUUUCUGAACGCCCUUCCAUAUCCGUGUGGGAUAAAUACGAGGAGAGCCUGCAGUGCUUUGGUGAAAGCCCGCCGAAAAGAAUUUCACUGACGUACCAACCGAUGUGGCUGCCUGUGAAGAGUAAAGCUGUUGACGGAUAUGGAGGCAUUGCAUAUUUAUCGCGAACUGUUGCUGGUGAAACAGGUUAUGGUGCACCAGGAAGCGUACCCCUGGAGAGCUCUGGCCCUGACAGCAUGAUAACAAGCCUGUUUCAGCAACAGAAAGACACCAUGAACCAGGUUCACACCGCGGUUAAUCUACAGAAAGAUAUCAUUAACCAGGUGUGCCCCGCAGUUGCUCCUCUCGGAAAUACCAUGAAUGGGGUGCACGCUGCAGCCAUGGUCGCUGAUGGUCUGGUCGAUCUAGGGAUCAAUGCCCUGCUUGAUGGUACAGGCAGUUCCCGCUCCACUGCAGAGAAGACGGCGUGUGAUUCAAUCUGCAGCUGGAAAGAAGCGGAGGGAUUUCUGAUGAACCAGCUGGAAGGAGAGGAGCAGGAGGGCAUUGGACCAGACGUUCAGCUCCAGGUAGACGAUGCUUGGAAGCAGAUGCUUCAGCCGAUGAACAUAGACGACGAUGCUCCCGUGGCUCAAACAAAUGAUGUGCCUGCUGUUCAAGAACCUGCCACUGGUGGUACUCUGGCGUAUGAUCCUGAGUUUAGCAUUGAUGAUGUGCAGCCCUGGAGCCCUCAGUUUUCAGGUGACGACUAUGGCAUGCCGUUCUAGGGCAGGAGAGGUGACUGAAUACCUGAAAGUUGUAUAAGAACUAAUGAAUACUAGUAAUAAUGGUCACUGGUGAGAAAACUCCGGAUGAAAUAAGAGAGAGCUGCAGAUAACUGAG